AUGGACAGCAACAACAACGCUAGCAUGCCGGUCAUGCAGCCCGCUACAGCUGGAUACUAUGUUGCCACGAAGCACGUCCCCUGCCCCUACGAAGGUUGUGACAAGUUGUUCACAUGCAAGCACAACGUCGAUCAGCACAUACGCGAAGCGCACACUUUCGAGCGACCUCAUGCAUGCGAGUUUUGCGAAAAAGAUGGCACCUUCGCAUCGUUUUCGCGGCCAGCGAGCCUGUACCGCCACGAGAGAACGAUCCAUACAUACUUCAGAGACGUCGGCCCCAGAGGACGUCGCCCGAUCAAGAGAGGCGUAGGACGCAAGAAUGCACCAAAGCCGGUCGUUCCCGCUCCAUCCGAGAGCCACAUCAACGUCAGCAACGAUCCAAACCAUAUCGAUCCACGUCUUUUGCAACAAGAUCAACAGACUGUUGGCCCUGAGGCUAUCUUCUGCUGGCUCUGCUCGGUAUGGCUUCCCAACAAGGAUACAUUCGCUGCGCAUGGUCAUUUGGCCCAUGGUGAUCCUGUCAGGGCUGAAUGUGGUUGCGAGCUCUGCAAGGCGCACUUUCCACAGCAGGCUCCAGUGCCAGAGCAGCAUCCAGUAUUCCCAAAGGUCAUCAGCACCAGCGGCACCCGAGACCUCAACAGCAGCCUUCUCAACCAGCCGUUUGCCACCAAGCAAUCAUCAGCCAUCCGCCAACCAAAGCCAAAUCGGACUCUCGACUUCAGCGCCCUGUCAGUGCUCGACGAGCGGCUCAAGCAAAUCCAAGCUACACAGACACCUGAUCCAGAUGGCUUGGUGGGCGUCGAGAGCAGCGGUGGCGUUGGAAGCCAGCCUGUCAAGCAACCCGCGGCAGCUGCGCGGCCAGAUUCUGGCAUCGGCUUCGAUCUUGAUUUCGAGCAGAGCGGGUUCAACGACUACGUUGCGCCAUUUGACUUUGAUGGAUACCUGAACGACUACCCCGGCGAUGAGAAUGGCGCUGCCGAUUACAACUUCAACUAA